UGACAUCAAGUGUUCCAAAUCUGUGUGUCGGUAAACUGCGAUGAUCUGUGACGUCUGUGACAUGUAUAUGUAAUCGAUGUAAUACCCGUUUAGUUUGAUAGACGUGUGUAGUGUAACGUUUUAAUUCUUCUUUUUGUGAUGAAUUCCAGUGACAUUUUUCUUAGAUUACGUUACUUGGAUGCAUAUCCAAAAACAUUAGAAGAUUUUAGAAUUAAAACUUAUGGAGGAGCAGCAGUGACAAUAGUAUGUUGGUGUGUAAUAGUAUUGCUUGUAUCUUUUGAGAUUAAAGACUACUGGACACCUACAAUAUCAGAAGAAUUGUUUGUAGACACAUCAAGAGGACCCAAACUCAGGAUAAAUGUAGACUUUAUUAUACCAGCUAUUUCUUGCGAAUUUCUAGUACUGGAUGCAAUGGAUACAUCAGGAGAACAACAUUUGCAAAUUGAACAUAACAUAUAUAAACGUAGGUUGGACUUGGAUGGGAAACCAAUUGAAGAGCCCCAGAAAGAAGAAAUUGGGGCAGGAGCAACAGAGAUUCCAAAAGGAAAAAAUGCAACUGAAGAAAAAAAAUGUGGAAGUUGUUAUGGUGCAGAAACUGUAGAUAUUCCAUGUUGUGAUUCUUGCGAAGCUGUUAAAGAAGCUUACAGAAGAAAGACGUGGGCAUUUCCUGACAUAGAGACCAUUACUCAGUGCCAGUCAGAGCAUUACUCACAGAAGUUAAAGAAUGCCUUUUCAGAAGCGUGUCAGAUAUAUGGUUAUAUGGAAGUAAACCGUGUUGGUGGUAGUUUUCACAUUGCCCCUGGGCAGAGUUUCUCCAUAAAUCACGUACAUGUUCAUGAUGUACAACCAUUUUCCUCUACAAACUUCAAUACAUCACAUCGUAUCAGGCACCUUUCAUUUGGGAAAAAUAUUCCAGGAAAAACAAAUCCAAUCGAUGGCAGUGAUGUGAUCGCACAUGAAGGCGCAACAAUGUUUCAGUAUUACAUCAAGAUAGUGCCAACAACAUAUGUUCGAAAAGAUGGUGCAGUUUGGCAGACAAAUCAGUUUUCUGUUACAAGACAUCAGAAGGUUGUAUCCAUCAGCAGUGGAGAGUCCGGAAUGCCUGGUAUAUUUUUCAGUUAUGAACUUGCUCCCAUGAUGGUGAAAUAUACAGAAAGACAAAAAUCCUUUGGCCAUUGUGCUACUAACAUCUGUGCUAUUAUUGGAGGCAUAUUUACAGUUGCUGGUAUUAUAGAUUCUUUGCUGUAUCAUUCAGUGAAAAUGAUACAGAAAAAAAUUGAACUGGGUAAGGUUAAUUAAAGUAAAAAUGUCAUGAUACUAAGCUGCAGUAAUCUCUAUGCGUGAAUCAAAUGAGAAAAUACAAAUACUAGUUAAAUGUUAAUAGACUGGGAAGUAUGACUUCUGAUGUAGAGAGAGACUAUUUUACAGCAUCUGCUUUACAUUGGUUUUUGUACAGGAGCCAUAAACCAGAUUUACAUUCACUUAAGAAGCACAGUCCCCAGCAAUUUUCUCAGCUCCAUCAGUGGAGCUGAGAAAUGUAUAGAUAUGUCUGUACACGUGUUACACCUGCAUAAUAUCCACAGUCCCAAGAAAUAAUAGGUUCUGCCUUAAGUUGGAAUCUGCUUUACCCGAGAGUGGCCUGUGUCCUAACCAGUGUUAAAAUGUACAGGCUAUGUUGGAAACACAAAGUUGAAGCAAGUCACAAAGAAAUUUCAUUAAAGAUUUUGAAGUUUUUGUCAAAUAUGGAAAAUAAAAUAGCGAUUGAAAGGUGAUUUCCUUCUUGCUAUCAUGAUGGCAAGUAAUGGAAGCAUUGUGAUCAGGCAUGUGAAAUUUUAAAUGCUGGAAGACCAUAAACCUUUCAGGUUAUAUCUGUAAACUUCCUGUUAUUUAUUAUUGCAAGUCUCUGCUAAUGGAUAUUUCUUACGAAAGUAGGUUUUUAAUUAUUUAUACAAGCAGUGUGGCUGUUUUAAAUAUUCAGUAGGAAAAAUUUAAAAGAAACUUUUUAUACUCUGAUAAAGGCAUCAUUAAUUCUUCAGAGUUAUAAAUUUGUACUCCCCUCUGUGUAUCCAAAAUCUUAUGAAUGAAAGAGGACUCAUCACAGUAUUGGUACGCUUGUAUAUAAAUCUACUCCUUUUUAAUAUUAUUGUUUUGAUGAAUUUAGUAUUAUCUGUUUCACUUUUGAAGGUCAUGUAGUUUUAAUGUGACCCAACAUAAUCAUGGUAUGUUGAAAUGAGUGCUGCAAUGGAGAUAUUUUAAAAAGGCAUAGACAGUAUUAAUACCUGUGAAAAUAUAAUUUAUUUAACAAUGCUGUUGAAAUGCACAAGAACUGUGACUCUGAAACAGGUUUUUAAUGGCACAGAGAUCAGAGAGGGUAGUAGAUGCUUUAUAAGUGUGUGUUCGAAUGAAUCAAGACAUAUUCGUAUAUACCACAGUUGUACUCUUCAGUCAACAGUUAUUUUGUGUUGUCAUUUGCACAAGGAUCUCUUUUUUUUUACAAGUAAACCACUGGGAGUUGGAUAUGAUCACUUACCUCGAUCCAUCUAGCAUAGAGAUUUAGAAUAUGUGUAGUGUAAAUCAAGAGUUCUGUGUCUUUAUAUUUGGGAAGGGGCAUGGGAAAAUUUACCUUUCGUUUGUGAUUUGUAUAAGGACUCUUCACUCGUCCUUACAAGAGACUGGAGUGGUGGAUGAUGAUAUGCAUUAUAUUCAUCCAAAUAAUAAAUAUUUUGUGCACAAAAUUUACUUUUCUUUUUUAUCAACAAACUGAACCGCAGAAUACCGCUGUAGACAGAUUCUGUAUUCAAGUUCACGAAUCUCAUAAUGAUAUACUUUUAUAAAAUUUAUGUUUAGCAGAUACUCGUAUAUGAUGUAAAGGGAUACUGCAGUAAAUGAACUGUUGCUAUUUUUA